AUGAGUGCGUCAGAGAAAACUUAUGUCGUGUAUCGUAAACGUGUCUUGUUGACAACCAACCGUACGAGAGAUUUGCUGGUUCGACAUGCACUCAUCCGCUCUUGUAACUUUCCAGUCAGUUUUCUCAUAACAUACUCCAUUGUCAUUCUUCUCCCCAGGGAAUCCCGCCGAACGGACUACCCAGGAGACAUAUCUAUCAGGGAAAAGAUCUGGCAGAGAGAAGGAAAAUGUUUGUUGCCUGGGUCUCAAACAGGGAUGCUUCCAUCCAACGGACGUGGCCAGAUGAUCAACGGACAGACUCCAACUCACUUGGCGGGAGUUACUGUGCGAGGGGUCGCUUGCUUUUGUGCAAAGAACACUCAGCAAUUCGAGAUACUUCAUAUUCAAGCCCUUGGCUUAUCCACACAUUCACAUUCUCCUCAAACUCCCGUCGAUGAUCAUGAAACCUCCAGCGAUGGCGAAGCAAUGCCAACUUCCGAACUGAAACGGAUGUUCCCAUCUACAAAGGGAAGAGAUCAGGGAUGUCUUGGAAACAAGCUCAGUCAAGCGAAAACAUUGGUUCUGGAUGGAAGAGUGCCAGCCUACCAACCUCCUACCCCACCACCCAGUAUGUUGGGGGUCAUGUUGUUGUCUUUCGCCUCAGCAAAGCCGAGGCUCGCUGUGUCGAUCAAGAGUGGGGAGCGGGUGACAGAAGUGGGGAUAGCAGAUCAUGGUAAUCAACAACAAGGCGAAACUGGAUAA